AUGUAUCUCGCGAGACAACCACACAGCAACGGGCUCAGCGAAUCGCGAUCCGCGGUAGACGACAACGUUAUCGUUGUUGAGAACAAGCGAUCUGAGACAAUUGGAAGCCAGCAGUCUCAAUCGCAACCGCAGCCACAACCGCAACCGCAGUUACAAUUGCAGCCACAGUCGCAGUUGCAGUUACAGCCACAGUCGCAAUCACAGUUACAGCCACAGCAACAACCACAACUGCAGCCACAACCGCAACUGGAGCCACAAUCGCAACUGCAAUCACAACCGCAACCGCAGUCGCUAACGCCGUUGACGACAACAACAACGUCGCCGACGAACACACGAGAUCGAGAGACGGAUCCGAUGCGACAGCAUCCAAGCGCGUGGAGAUUGCGGGACGACGAUAACGACGAUGACGACGAUGACGACGAGAACGAGGAGGAGCAAGUGGACGACAACUUCUCCGCGACGACGGAAAGACGCAUGCCACCGAGAGUGAUCUUGGUCGGCUGGGACAGCUUCCGCACGAAGCUGCUGCUAUUCCUGAUCGUGUGCCUUCUCAUCUGGGCCUGCGUCUUUUUUCCUCUACUCGGCACGUGA